AUUUUGCUUUGUUAAAAUAUUCCGCUCUUAGACAUAACUUUCCACGCAUUGAAGUUGACAAUGAAUUCACGACCGGCCAAACUGAGUUCGUUGUUCUUCUCCCCAUCUCACUAUUAUUUUACUGCAUGCUUUAAAUACUUCUAAAUAUCGACGAGGAAUAAAACAGAGACACUCUAUUGUAGAAAUAUUCAGGCAAUACUAUCUGUUAUAACCUUUUUUAUUCUUCUAAACCGGGUCAUAAUUUUAUGAUAUUAUUAUUUCAGCUUACACCGCUUCCUUUUAAUAAGUCAUUCCACCUUUGAUUCUCCUGGUUUUUAACCCCUAGUGAACCCUGUACUACAUUUUUUUAAAUGGUGUGUGUGACUUAAAUGAUAAAUAACAUUUUCCCCACACACAAGUCGAGCGGCACUUACACAGCUGAUUUCCUAUUCUGUAUAAUUAUAUUGUUGUUUAGCCCUAGGUCGUUGAUGAUCGAAUAGACUUAUGAUCAAAACUAUUUCAGUCGGGAUCAUCUCAUCUUUUUGUAUAUUCAUGGCUACGUUGUCCAAACCAUUUUAAAGUAAAUAUUGCGUGAUUUGAGAGAAAUUUAGCUGCUAUUUCUAGCAAAUCGUGCGAUCACGUAAGGUUUGUGACACAGUCAUUCCAACCUACAUAGUGUAUUAACCGUAAUUGCUUUGCUGACUGGAAAGUCAAUGGAACCUUUGGAAACCAUAAUAUACCUGAUUGUCAUUGAAGGCCGUGCUUCGGUACAGUCUUAAAUAUGACAACUAAAACAAACUAAAGAAUUUUAAAAUGUUCAGAUUUAAGAUGCAGGAAUUACAAUGGCUGUUGGAAAGGAAUAAAAAUUAUAAAUUGAAAUAAAGAAAAACCACAAAAGCUUGCAAUUUUGAGUGUUAUCCAGACAAAUCUCCCUCACAUCACACAGCCUACCGUCUUGAGAAGUGAAAGACUUUCGUUAAUAUAGUCUUUUAUACUAUAGAUUUGAAAACAAGACAGGACGGUCAUGACUGGAACGUCUGAUCAUAUGUUUGCUCAGUCAUAUUAAAGUGAGAAGCCAGCUUGUUGAGUAAAAGAUCUACAUGUUGAUAUGUACACCUUUAUCUACCUAUGCACCUAUUUCAUUAAAGGUAGAGGUGUGCAUAUACCUGUGUUCAUAUGUGAAAAGAUCAGUGAAAGAACCUACACACAUCCAGGACAUUGAAUCCGUUAUAGAAAGGGCAUUAAAGGCAGGGGUGAAAUCUGCUCUAUGUGUGGCCAUUGGACAUUCAGACUUUGAGAAAAUAAUAUCUUUAAAUAAAAGAUUUCCAGAUUUCAUUGUUCCUUGUCUUGGAGUACAUCCAGUUCAGGAGGAAGAAGAUGGAACCAGUAAAUGUGUGAUGGAUGAGGACUUGAAAGAUGCCAUUCCACUUAUUGAAAAAUAUCACGACAAGAUUGCUGCCAUUGGAGAGGUUGGCUUGGAUUUUACUCCUCGUUUCUGUAAAUCAAAGGAAGAUAAAGAGACACAGAGACAAAUUCUUGCUUCACAGGUUGAAAUUGCUAAGAAAUACAAUCUGCCAUUAAAUGUGCAUUCUCGGUCAGCUGGUCGACCUACCAUCAACCUUUUGAAGGAACUUGGAGCUGAAAAUGUCCUUCUUCAUGCAUUUGAUGGACGCCCUUCCAUUGCGAUGGAAGGGGUUAAAGCUGGUUUUUAUUUCUCAAUUCCGCCGUCGAUCGUCAGAAGUGAACAGAAGGAGAAAUUAGUGAAACAAUUACCUUUGGACUGUUUACUUCUCGAGUCGGAUUCACCAGCCCUUGCACCUGAAAAACAGAUGAGAAAUGAACCUCAAAAUAUCCAAAUAUCUGCUGAAUAUAUUGCUAGAAUCAAAGGAACUGAUGUUAGCCAUGUCUGUGAUAUAACAACCCAAAAUGCCUUUAAAUUAUUCCCAAGACUAAAAAAUUUUCUAAAAAAAUUGUAAACAAUGUGUGAUAUAAAUAAAUAAUUAAAUUAUG